AUGAGUUCCAAAUCCGAUGGCCCUCUGAGUGUCCCUCCCAAGAGGAUGACAAACGCUCGAAUUGUGAAGUUUCUUGAGGAGCACUCCGGAAAAGAAGUCAGAGAACGAGGAAGAGACCAAGGAAAAGAACAAGAGACGGGAAACAAGCAGAUGCCUCUAUGCUCGAACGUAGACAUUCCUGUGAGACCUGGCACUCCUCAUCCAUCAAUUACGGUGAACCAUGCGGACAGUCAUGAAGUCAUUUCCGCCGCACCUGAAGCGCGUCCUGGUGUUCGACAUGGAAAAUCACCAACACCGCCUUCAGUCCCUCCAGGUUCUGUCACACAACCUGAAGUUUCGGUUGAGCCCUCAGUCAAGAGGAAGCCCAAGUACGCCAGAGUUGAAGAUCGUCCGCGUCUUAUUCCUCAAUCAAGACGACCUCGACCUCCACCGACUCCUCCAAGUUGUGUUGACUAUCCUCAAGUUUCAGUUCCUCCGUUGAACAACUUCCAACCAGAACCUACUCCGGAAUUGAAUGGACCAGCAAACAUGGCUUUCAACUUCGGAACUUCUGCGUCCAAGCCAACAAUUAAUCUAGGCAUGAGCACCAACGCACCAGCCAACUCUGGAACCUCACUCUUCGGACAACCCGCUUCGCAACCUGCCGCGGCCACCUCUGCAACCCCCAAUGCAGGCGCAUCCACCCAACCUCAAAUUGAUCUCGCUCAUAUGCGAUCCACCACUAAAUUCGAACAACUCACGCCAGACCUCCAGCGUGAGAUUGAGGCAGUCGAUACCAUGAUCUACAAUCAGAUCGCCCUAGCCCAACAAGUCUCCGAUCUCAUUCCCCUAGUCAUGGGUGCGGGUGAAACCAUCCCCAAUGGUGUUGAUUUUGUCACCCAAAAAUUAGAAGAACUUGAGACCGGUCUAGGCAAUGACGCCGAAGCCAUUGUGGCCGCAAAAGAGGGGGACAUUAAAGAGAACGAACAAGAAGCCAAGGCAGUCUUCCGUGCAGUCGAUCGACUCAAGAUGCCCCGUCAAUAUCAAGCAAGUCACACCUCCAAUGAGAGUUUCGGCCAAUCCGGCGCAGGCGGCAUCUACAGCGGUGCAGGUCUCAGUGGUUGGUGGAACAAUCCUCAGACCCUUCGUGGCAAUUUCCGUGGCACCAAUGCGGCAGGUAACACCAUCCAGCUCCCCAGUGACGACACAGAAGAAGUCCAAGGACCCAAGAGCCUCAUUGAUGUCUUCAAUACUCGCGUCAGUGGCAUGGAAGACCGGAUCAAGGAACAAAAACUACUCCUUGAGCAAAUCGAGCAGUUUACCAAAAGUCUCGAGGGCAAAGUUGUCAGCAAGGAGCGCGAAGUCAACGAACGUCUGGCCUAUGGUGACCGCGACGGAAGUGUAAUGAGCGAAAAGGAACACCAGAUGCAAAUGCUACGCUACGUCUUUGGUGAAGUCCAACGCAGCAUGUACGAUGUUGCAGACAAAGUCGCCGCUGCUCGUGACGAAUUGGCCCGACUUGACCGCGACGGCAACUAAUUCGCUAGUUAUGUUGCUGGGUGAAUUGUUUGCCACACAAAUCACCCUUGCUCAGCUCAUACUCAUUGCUCAUGGAGCAAAGAAGACUCUUUUCUGUACUUGUAUGAUCAUGACACAAAGGCGAUACUGGAUUUGAUCCCCCUGGGUUGUGGGACAGGAAAUACGCAAAAGGUUUGAGUCCUACAGGGUUUGGCGGUAGUGUGCUUUUGGAGAUUUACUCACUCACUCGGCACGACGCAACCCACAGCCACAGCCACAGCCACGACUCUUGGGAAUGCUUCAACCAAACGAUUGGAAUGAUAGUAUUGGGUUAGCAUUUCGGGGAGUCGAUAAUGUAUGAAUAAUGAGAAUCACGAUGAAGAAUCACAAAACAGUCAAAAAAGAACAAAUCACACACACAGACACAAGAGAGAGACUUGGACCACGGAGAUAGAAAAUCAAAGAAUACUAAUG